AUGUCUGCAGCACGAUUGUUUAUUUGUGCCUGUCUUGGUGUUGCCACCUUCAUGUGGUUCUCCAAAUCUCUAGACGACUUUACAAUAGCUAGCGAUUCUAGCUAUGAAAUUGGCGAAAGCUCUACUUUUACUAAUAUUGGAAACCUCACCAAGAACCAAUCAAUCGAAGAAGGUUUAAACGAAGAAAAUUCAACAGAGAAAGUUCACACGAAAGUCAGUGUAUUCGAUACUUGUAUAUUGCCUGAUUUCGAUCCAUGGGAUAAGGACAUAAUACCGUUUGUCAACUUAGACUAUGAUCCACUGAAAUUUUGCAAUCGUAGCUACAAACUGAUGACGUCGCUAAAAAAUGGAAUCGUUACAGUAAACGCUAAAGACGUCACAUGUUUCGGAAGGUAA